AUGAUGGUACAUGCAUAUAUCAACAGAAUCACCAAGCAGCAUGACCUAGCGGCCGCAAAAGAACUCGCAAUAUUUCAACAGAAUCAAGUCUAUGCGAUGAAGGAAGUCGCACAGAAGGAAAACCUCGAUUGCGAUGCCGUCCUGACUCGUUGUUUUGAGACCUUUCUUUCGCAGUCGCAUGCGGAUGAAGAGAAACAGAUUUAUGACGAGGAGCUGGAUGCUGGGUUGGAUUUUAUUCGGGAUGUUGAUUAUGUAGGACCCAAAUAUGCUGAAAAUCUUUCGGGAGUCAAAAAUGCCAAAGGCGGGGUUACAACAACCGGUCUUCAACUCUGGCCGUAUAAAUUCGUCACUGGACUACUCGCCCGGCUAAUAGAGAGAAGCUCUAUAAACGUCCAAACUCACACCCUCGUCACUUCUAUCUCAAGUUCCCACGACGGCCAUUCUAUCGUCAAGACACCUCGGGGAAAUAUCCUUGCAAAAAAAGUCGUAUUUGCGACUAACGCCUACACCGCCGGAAUCUCCCCUUCAUUUUCCAAUAAGAUCAUUCCCAUCAAAGGUAUAUGCUCACACACCAGCGUUCCCAAAGAUACAGCGCACCCACCCCCACAUCUGAACCACACCUAUGGACUUAGUUAUAACGGCUACGGAGUCAGGGACUAUUUAAUCCCCCGACCAGACGGGGGCGUGAUCUGCGGAGGCGGCAGGGAGACAUUCGUCGAAGAUAAAAAACUAUGGUUUAACAAUUGGGACGAUAGUACGCUCCUCGAGCCGGCGCGGCAGUAUUUCGAUAAUAUCAUGCAAGAUAACUUUCGGGGAUGGGAAAAAAGCGGCGCGACGGUGGAUUAUCUCUGGACUGGCAUAAUGGGCCGUACGGCUGACGGCUGGCCACACUGCGGGAAAGUCCCCGGGCAGGAAAACCACUUUAUCUUAGCGGGGUUCAAUGGAGCUGGCAUGCCAGCUAUUUUUCUAACUGCGAAGGGGAUUGCGCGGAUGCUCCGCGAGGGGAUCCCGUUUGCGGAAACGGGGAUUCCUAGGAUCUUUAGGACGAGCGCGGAGAGGCUGAAAGAGGAUGUCACUGUGUGA